CAUUGAUGUAGCCAAAUUCAAAGUAAAGUAGGCCUCGUCGUGCGUAUGGUACAAGCACUCAAAGAAUAUUUAUCAAUGCUUGCAAUAUGUGAUAAUGUCGCAGUAGUAUUUAUAUGGGCGCUUCAUCGACAUACUUUUAGAACUCUAACCUCAAAAUUAGUAAUUAGGUAUCGCUCAUUGAUUAAGAUCAGCAGAAAAUGGCGGAUGAAGUGAAGUUGUAUGCAGCUGCAGUAAGUCCAUUCGUUUUCAGAGUGAAAAUCGCAUUGAAUAUAAAAGGAAUUAAGUACGAAAACUUGGAACAAGAUCUCAGCAACAAGAGUGCCGAACUUCUCAAGUAUAAUCCUGUUUAUAUGAAAGUACCAGUGUUGGUUCAUAAUGGAAAUGCAAUCUUAGAGUCUCUGGUGAUCGUUGAGUACAUUGAUGAUGCUUGGAAAGGAGUUUCGAUUUUGCCACAUGAUCCUUAUGAGAAGGCUGUUGCUCGAUUCUGGGCGAAAUUCAUUGAUGAUACGUGCAUUCCUGCAUUACUCAAGACUUUUGGCCGCAAUGGAAAUAAGAAAAGUGAUAAAGAAGCUUGUGAUCAACUACAAAUACUAGAAAAUGAACUGAAGGUCAAAGGUACCAAAUUUUUUGGAGGUGACAACAUUAACCUGGUGGAUAUUGCGGCUGAUUUCAUAGCCUAUUGGGUUGGAAUAAUCCAAGAAGCAACCGGAAAAACGUUAGUCACCAAAGACAAAUUUCCAACAUUAAUGGUUUGGGCUGAUUACUUUAUCAACCUUGAAGUUAUCAAUCAAGUCUUACCUCCAAGAGAACACCUGCUUGCAUUUUUCAAGGCAUGAUGAUAUAUGUCGCAUUUAUAAAUAAUAAAUCUAGUUCUUUUUUUUGGGUGUUUGUUUUUAUGAAGUUGAAGUUUAUGUGAUAUGUCUGUAUUAACAUCCAUCGAUGUUGCAAGAAGCAGCACUUUGUGGUUAUAUAUCGAAGUUAAAGUUUCGUUAACAUUUAUGGAUGUUGCAAUAAGUGGCUCUUAUGUGCUAAUGUUUUGUAAUAUGUAGUUUGUGACAGUUUUUAUCAUGGCAUUUCAUAUGUUGUAUGUUUCUCUUUUGUUUUUAAGUGAAGUUGUGAUGUUUUGUAAUAUGUAAUUUGUGAUAGUUUUUAUCAUGGCAUUUCAUAUGUUGUAUGUUUCUCUUUUGUUUUUAAGUGAAGCUGUGAUCUUGAGGAUAUCUACGACUUAACAGGUGCUUAUGUUUUUAUGA